CCGUGACGUAUUUUCUUUUACAGAGAGAGAGGCCCGCCAAAGGGGAGAGAGGAGAUUGGUCCUGAUAUACCCUGGUCUGCCCAUUCUCCCUUCCUCACCGUCCUUUUCUGUCGUCCCCAAACUCUGCAUCUUGCAAAAUACCCUUCUAAGAACUAUCACGACCUUUUUGUCGGAAACCUAUUCUUGCACUAUCUUCGAGCCGGUCCUUUUCGAAAAACUAUAACUCGGCGCGUGCUAUUUUUGGCUCGCUCUCCCUUACAGCGCUACACCCCUUUGCUGCUUGCACAAUGGCUUCUACCAACUACAAGGAGGCUUUCGCCCUCUUCGACAAGCGCGGCAACGGUCGCUGCACUGCCGACACUCUCGGCGACCUUCUCCGCGCCUGCGGCCAGAACCCUACCCUCUCCGAGAUUCAGGACCUUCAGAAGGGUGUUGGAAGCGAAUUCGACUUUGAGAGCUUCCAGCGCAUUCUCAACCGCCCUGGCGGCUUCCGUGAUGCCGGCGAGCCCGAGGAGUACUGCCGUGGUUUCCAGGUCUUUGACAAGGACAUGACAGGCUUCAUUGGCGUUGGUCAGCUCAAGUACAUCCUCACCAACCUGGGCGAGAAGAUGUCUGACGAGGAGGUUGACGAGCUCCUCAAGGCUGUUGAUACCAGCUCUGGCCAGGUCAACUACACUGACCUUGUCCGAACCAUCCUUGCCAACUAAGAUUGCGCGCCGACACGAUACACGGCACUGAUUGUCACCGAAUAUGCAUGAUGUGAAUGGAAACGGCGUUGCGUUUGUUUUUACUUGUUGGACACAUAUGGGCUCGUUUUUUUUAAGGCAGUGAGUGGCCUGUCAGGUCAUUUUGCUGUAUUGUUCUUUUAUUAUUCAGCGUCGGGAGGUUCCUGGCCAUGUGUUUGAGUAGCAGGGCUUCCUAUUGUUAUUAUUACGACUUGUCAGACGGCGAGAUGGCAUAUAUAACGCUUGCUGGAAGAUGGCGAGCAGAGCAGGCUAGAUUUGUGAAUAGAAUACCACGUCUUCUGCG